GCCUAGUAAAACAAGAUGGCGGCGGGAGGGGAGGUUUGCACUUGGAGAAGGAAAAUAGUACAAAGACUCGAGCAUCGAAACCUUCAUGAGCUAAAGUACUUUGAUGAUCUYGUUAAAGCACACAAUAAAUUAUUUGAAAGUGCAGACUCCUCAAAAUCAAAGAUAACACAACUUGAGAUCCAAAUUUUUCAACUUCAGCAGGAAAGGGUAGAACUACAAGGCCGGAUUCAAGAGCUCAGUACUGGGGGAGCCAUUGCAGGUACUGCUACUGCUACAUCAGAAAAAGUUGCAGCACUUGAGCAAAAACUGUUUAAAACACAAGAAGAAUUAACUGAAUUACACAGAUGGAAAUCAGAGCAUGCUCAAAAAAUAACAGAAUUAAAUAAUACGAUCAGACGGAAGGAUGAAGAAAUUAUGCAUAAAGAUGGAAAAUUGCAAGAAGCUAUCAGCAAUCAAUUGGCAAUGAAGAAUGAGUGUCUUAAUCUGGGACAGACUAUUGUAGAUCUGGAAAAAAACAAUGAGAUGGUAAAGGAUGAACUACAAGUAUUACAACUAGAAUAUACUUCCUUAGAUGAAAAGUUCAGAAAAAUACAAGAUGAAAAUAGAGAUUUGGUUGAAAGAUGGAUGAUUCAGAAAGCAAGAGAUGCUGAUAAAGUUAAUAUGGAAAAUGAAUUUCAAGUCAGGACUAGACAAGCACAGCUGCAAAGAGAGUUAUUAGAAGCUGCAAAAGAACCUGUCAAUACUAAACUGAGCUCUGCAGACAUUAGUACCCCACAUAUACCAUACUGCAUCAUAACUACCAUCCCAUCUUUCCCUCAAGCUAAAUUCGAUGCUCAUGAUGGUGAGGUAUUAUCAGCUAAGUUCAGCGUAUCAGGGCGACUGUUUGUGACAGGAGGCGGAGACAAGAAAGUUAAAGUCUGGGAAAUAGUCAAUGACGCUUGCCUGCCAAAAGGAACUAUGCAUGGUUGUUCUUACGCUGUUACAUCAGUUCAAUUUGAUAUUCAAGAAAAACUUAUAUUAGCAGCUUCUAAUGACCAUGCAUGUCGUGUGUGGACUGUUGGAGAUGAAAGAUUAAGACAUACACUGACAGGUCAUCAAAACAAGGUGAUGACAGCAAAAUUUAUGGGCGAUUCAACAAAAGUUGUAUCAGGAAGUCAUGACAGGACACUAAAGAUAUGGGACCUCCGGAGCAAAGCUUGUAUAAAAACGAUAUUUGCAGGAUCAAGCUGUAAUGAUUUGGUAAUUAAUGAAGUUAUAGGGAGUCAAAUAAUUAGUGGACAUUUCGAUAAAAGAGUAAGAUUCUGGGAUACAAGAUCAGAAUCAAAUGUUGGAGAAAUCUCACUGCAAGGCAAAGUAACCUCGCUGGACCUUUCACCAGAUAUGAAUCAAGUCCUUGCUAGUACACGUGACGACACAGUUAAAGUAAUAGAUUUACGGAUGAGUCAAGUAGUAUCAACAUUCAGUGCAGAGGGGUUCCGACUUGCAACAGACUGGACAAGAGCAUGCUUCAGUCCAGAUGGGCAGUACGCGAUAUGUGGCUCACAAGAUGGUGGUGUCUACAUUUGGAAUAAUUCUACAGGAAAACUGGAAAAAGUUUUAAAAGAACAUGGUUCGGCAGUUAUCGUAGCAGCAUGGCAUCCAUCUGGUUCAAACAUUAUCAGCUGCGACAGAAACAAAAGAGCAGUGGUGUGGACAAGCAGAUAUGGUUGACCACAGGAUAUAUGGCCUGAAACUAAGCUGCCUUGUUAAUGAAAUUGUACAUAUUUGUUGCAAAAUACUGUACAGUUUCUGUACUUAAUGCUGUUUAUAGAUUUUCAUGCAUGGGUUAGGGUUUAUAAUUGACAUUGGACUAGCUAGGCGGGUCUAUGUCAGCUGUAAAGGCUGAUAUUUUCCCAAUUAUUGUAUAGUUUUGUAAAAUAUUCCAACCUCUCCUACAUGGAUAGAGAAUGACAUCCACAGUCUCUAACCCAAGAUCACUCAAUAAAAAAGCUACUAGAAUAUCCUAAUCACUCUAUUAUCCCUGUCCCACCUUUAUUUGAAGUUUUGUCAAUAUAUUCUGGUACUGCACUUUAGCUCUACGGGGGUUAGGGUUGUAUGUAAACCUCUAUAAAUUUCAAAUUCUGUAUCUAAAGGAAUAGCAGAGGAUACCUCAGCACAGUUUAUGGUAGUUUAUGUGCAGUACAACCAAAUAAAUGAUAAAUGCUUGAAUAAAAACAGCCAAGUUCUCUGGAUAAUUCCGUUCUCCUUAUAGAGUGCAAACUGUCAAAUUUGUGAACAAAAUAACUUGUAAUGGUAAUAAUGAUAGUCAAAUAGAAACAAGGGAAUAAUAGAACACAAAAAUGUUAAUGUUAUGAGAUCUACUAAUCUUAUUCACAAGUUAAGUAAAACCACUCUAGGUAUACAGUACUGCUACUUAAUUAGAUUGAGUAAAGGCAUUUAACUUGUGAAACAAGAAAUACUAGUCAAUGUGUAUUAGUCAAAUAGACACCUUGGAAUUAGGGUCUACUAAUUUGUAUUAGUCUAUUAUCAAUGUUACUGACUGGUUUAAUGACUUCACUCUAUGGUGUUUGCACUCUAAUUACCUCCAUAUUAAUUAAUUUUAUGGUAAUAUUUUGUAUUACAAUAACUUUCAAUUUAAAAUAAUGCAGAAUACAUGUAUGUCUAAAUUAUGUCCAAGUUCUAAGUUCACUAGAUAGGUAGGCAGUACGUUAUAAUGAUGUUACAUCGAAUCAGACAAGCAAACCCAAAACAUCUUUUGGCUGUACUUUUAAUGCAUAGUGCAGAUUUAAUGACUGUGAAAAGUUCAGUUCCGUGCCGCAACUGUGAUGUUUCCUAGAAUUUUGAUUGACUUUCUUUUCUCUUGCUCAAUGUGAUUUGUCUAGCAGUGCCGUGUCCUUGUUGUGACUGUGUCUGCAUCGUGUUCGUGACGUGUUUCGUGCAUUUGAUUGGAUGAAGAGAUGUUUUUUAGAUUUUUGAUGGGCUGGGUCUUUGCCGUGGCUGUGUUUGUGCCGUGACCUUUUCACAGUCAUAUGAAAACUGCUCUAUGCUCCCAAGCGGUUGUAAUAUUAAUUAUCAAUGUAAUAUUCCUAGAAAAUAAAGGCUUUUACUGAAAUUUAUAAAAUAACAGGUAUAAA